GAAGACGACGUCAUGGAUGAAUUAAAGCGUCUGAGUGAUUUAAAGUACGAGGAGUUUUUUAGAGAUUAUAUGGAGGCCAAUCAGCUCUGCAUUUUUUCUAGCGAGCUUACCAAACAUUGGAGAAGUCGGAAGGAAUGGGUCAUAAACGGGAGGCCAAAUUUUGGCUUUUUCAUGAAAGAAUUUGGCCAUGCUGUAGCACCUGUUGCUAACUGUUGUCAAGAAAAAUAUGGCAGUCAAGUCAAGGAAGAGAUGCCAGUGAAAGAGUUUUGUGACUAUUGGAAAAACAGAUCUGAAGGUGGCGAUGACUCCAGUCAAAUACUCUAUCUUAAAGACUGGCACUUUUGUAAGGCUUUUCCAUCAUACAAGGCCUAUGAAACACCAGUCUAUUUUAAAUCUGAUUGGUUGAAUGAGUUCUGGGACAAGCGUUCUGAUGUGUCUGAUGACUACCGCUUUGUAUACAUGGGUCCUAAAGGCAGCUGGACUCCUUUUCACGCAGAUGUCUUCAGGUCAUACAGUUGGUCUGCCAAUAUAUGUGGAUGCAAAAAAUGGCUG